AUGGAGUCCUGUGGCGGGGACUCCAUCGGAACUAACUCCUCGCUGGUACCUACGGGUAGAAAGGAGGGCAGGGCCUGGAGGGGCAGUUUCCCAGUGCGCUCAACCAUGACUGCAACACAUCCUCAUCCACGACAAGGAGCACAGGAAAGGGGUGGAGGGGUGGGUCAGUGCUCAGAGGUGUCCCGUCUGGCCACUCGUCGAAUCGGACGGUCGACUCGUAUGUACGAAAGGACUUCUCUCCAGAAAUUCAUACGAGUCAUGACCUCAAGCCUCGAUUGUCUCGACUGUAAUUACGUGCAACAAUCGCAAAUAUGGAGGGGUAGCAAAAGUGAAAAACUCGAUCCCAGAAAUCAACGCACAGUCGCUAUGAUGUCGUCAAUCUUGAGGAUACUUCUGACGGUCUCGGAGGCCAACGUGAUGGCCGAGAGGGUCACCUGCAAGGGCUGCACCACAUCCUCGUCC